GAGCCACCUAAACGUUACGAUAAUCAAGUUUUUGUUUUACAUAACCACGAACCACAGUGUUCCUUUUCAAAAAAUCACGUAAUCUUCAAAGACACUUGGAAAAGUUGUUUCAAUUGGACAAUGUGGUAUAGAGAAGAUUCGGAUAUACACGAGCCAUACGGACUUAUUGUAAAAAGAAGACAGGUGUUGGAAACAAAUUUUACCGAAAUAUAUUUUAAGAAAACCAAGAUGGCUGCAGCAAUGGUCUCAAAUUGCAACGGUCAAUCUCAACGUAUGAAAUAUAUCCGAAAACUGAUGACAUUGGGUGUAGAAAUCGACGUUUUCGGUGCCUGUGGUGAGCAUUCUUGUCCAAGAGGAAAAGAUGGCGACUGUCGUGAUAACAUUAACAAAAGAUAUAAAUUCUUUUUAUCAUUUGAGAAUAGUUUCUGUCCUGACUAUAUUUCAGAAAAAUUCUUUCAUCCAUAUCAAGGGGAUAUUAUUAAUGUUGCUCGGGGUGGUGGUAAUUAUUCUAAAGAGGCGCCCGAGGGCACCUAUAUCAAUACUCGGGAUUUUAAAACCAUCAAAGAUGUUGCUGAUUAUAUUAUUCGCUUGAGUAAAAAUAAGGACGAAUACAUACAUAUCCUGAAGCAAAAAAAUAAAUAU